ACAACGGGCACAAGUCAGAACGCGCUCACAAAUAACGCAAUUGAUCUAGUCGACUGUAUUCUUAAUGGUAUUUGUGGCACUGAACCAUCAAAGCCGCCAGUUCCUCCAAGAGUAUUAUCACUUCAGUCAGAUACACGUGCGGCAUUCCCGUUGGGUUUUGGACAUACACAUUCUUAUGUUGGUACACGAGUGGCUCUAAUUGGUGAUGCAGCUCACAGAAUCCAUCCACUCGCAGGACAAGGCGUUAACCUAGGAUAUUCGGAUGUGAAAACGUUGACGAAAUGUUUGGAAAAAGCCGUACGAGAUGGAGCUGAUCUUGGUGAGUUUAGUUGCAUUCAGGCAGAGAAUGAUCUCACAGUGAAUGUUUUUGAACUCGGCGUUUUUAUGAAAACUGUUAAUAUCAACUAA